AUGGCUGAUUUUGACGGGUUUGCGCCGAUUGAGGCGAUUUUCUACACUGUUUUCCACCCUACAGAGGGCACCAAGGUGUCCCACCAGGUGCCACUGGGCUCAAUCGUGGCUCCGCCAUGGGGGUCCGAGUUCGAGGCCUCACAGGAGCCGUUGUUCGACUUUGAUGUUGUGAAGAACUACAUCAUUCCAAAGGGACCUCUGUGUAACAGGCUGAUCACGUUGAAAGUGGACCAGUACUCGCUUGUCGGAUACCCUGUCCAGAUCACAGCACCGCACUACGCCAGGAACUCGUUCAGCUUCAACUUCUGCUUUGUCUUCAACUACGGGGCCAAUACGAUCCCCUUUGAGUCUGCUAUACGGAGGCUGGGAAGGAUGUUCAAGAAUCUGGAGGAGCAGUACCACAUUCUGUCCAAGAAGGAGGAUAUGGUGUUCUUCAAGAACUUCCAGUCGUCGUCCACGGCCAACGCUGUUCUGCCAGACAACAUCGCUGAGAGUGCCUCGCUGGACGACCAGCUUGCUGCGAGGGCGUCGUCCAUUGACUCGAACUUUACGCCUUCCAUUGCCUCGUUUUCUCAGUUGGCCAUUGAUCUGGAUAACAACAUCAACUCCUCCACGCCGAUUGGAGUUUCCACCAAGAACGGGAACGUGAUGACUUUGGAAUCGAUUGAGUCUCUGAUUCAGCAGAUCUACCAGGACCUGAACAACUACUCUGAGUGCCUCAUUCCUGUGGACUCUGGGAACUCUGUGGAUAUUAAGCUCUUGCCCUUGUUACCACCGCCACCGAGGGUGAACCCUGAGGACGUUCCAAUAUCGACGGUCCAACUGAACACCAUGGUUGAUGUGAACUGGGAUCCCACAAUGUUGAAGAUACUGCCAUAUAUAGAUGGGAUCAACUCGAUAAAGAGGAUAAGUCUCCUGGCAGAUGCAGACUAUUGGGUUGUCAAAAGCUGUAUCCAGCAUUUGAUGUAUUACAAGUGCAUUACGAUAACAGACAUCUUUCAAUUCUCCAAUAUAUACGCCCCAACAGCUGACAUUGACCUUUUCUUAAAGGACCCCAACAUGGCGACUGAUUGUCAGGCCUAUGUUGUUUCUGCUUCACAGUUCGACGACAUUCCCUUCGACACUUGCAAUAACCCUCUGGGUAACAAUUCCAGUGCAAAGACAUCCACUGACAACAUCAGUGGCACGAGCCGUAACAGGAACAGCAGCACGGCAUCGCUAAGGAGUGGGAAGCGGACAGUUGUGCUACCAUCAAAGGCCAAACUGUUCUAUCUCUACAGGUCUCUGCACCAGGGACAAACCGUGCGGAACUGGUUCAAGGAGCACAGAGACGAGUUGGAAUACAUCGAUGUACGGAGGCUGUUGACGUUUGGCGUGCUGAGAGGGCUGAUCUACAGGGUGGAGUCGUAUCCGUUGGUUGACUCGCUACUGCUGAAGGACUCCAACCAGGCGUCCAUGUUCGGGACGCUUGCUGAUAGGCUAACACCCACACGGGAGCCAACGCUUCGCACCCUGAUGAGACGGCGAAACAGUGCCAACGUGACGGACGAGCAGAGGUUGCAGAUCUCAGAGUUGUCCCGGCUGCUGGAGAGCUCCAAGAGCUUCGACGCCAUUUGCACGGAGAUGAGCCUCGACAGGAAGUCCGUUGAGACCUUGCUGCGAACCAUGGGGCCCUUCAACGUUGUCAACAGUUAA